AUGCCAGACCGCUGCCUACACCUUUGCUUCCGAACUGUUCCUGUCUUGUUUCCCAUCGCAUUUCCUCCCCACCCAUCCUUCCUCGCCGUUCUGGUGAGUAAGGUGCCCACGUCUAUUUUUCCCCUUGCCCUUUGUGUUGCCAGAGCUUCUCAGGCGUCGGGGAUCGAUGAUCUCUCCUUCUUUCCUGCCCGUGACAGUUGUCCCGCUGGUGCCACUCCUCCUCCCAUCUCCCUCCCUGCCUUCGCUGCAGAUCCUGAUCUGGCGAGCGCGACCCUCCUCUACGCCUCUCAUCACGCUGCGGACGCUGAUCCAACAAGCGAUACUCGCUUCCCCUGCUUCCACCAUGUUCUUGGUGCAGAUCUGGCGAACGCGAUUCGCCUCCCCACCUCCCCUCAUGGUGUUGGUGCAGAUCCGGCGAGCGUGGCCUGCUUCCCCGCCUUCUGUCAUGCUGCUGAUACGGAUCUGGCGAGCGCGGCCCGCCUCCUUGCCUCCCGUCAUGGUGCCGAUGUGAAUAUGGUGAACGCGACUCGCCUCUCUACCUUUCCUCAUGGUGCUGGUGCUGAUCCGGCGAGCGUGGCCCGCUCCCCCGCCUUUUGUCAUGCCGCGGAUACGGAUCCGGCGAGCGCGAUCCAUCUCCCCGCCUCCCACCAUGAUGCUGGCGCAGAUCCGGCGAGCGUGACCCGCUUCCCCGCCUCCUGCCCCAAUACUAACGCAAAUCCGGCACGCGCUACCCGCUUCCCCGCCUCCCACCAUGAUACUAACGCGGAUCCGGCGAACGCGACCCGCCUCCCCGCCUCUCGUCACGAUGCGGAUGCAGAUCUGGUGAACGCGACCCGCCUCCACGCCUCCCGCCACGAUGCUGACGCGGAUCUGGCGAACGCUACCCGCCUCCACGCCUCCCGCCAUGAUUCUGACGCGGAUCCGGCGAAAGCGACCCGCCUCCUCGCCUCUCGUCACGAUGUGGAUGCAGAUCUGGCACGCGCGGAUCGCUUCCCCGCCUUCCGUCAUGCUGCUAACGCGGAUCUGGCGAGCACGGCCCAUCGCUGCUCCGCUCCCCGCCACGCGCCUGCUGUCCGGAGCGGUGCAAUUCCCCGCGCGCGCUUCGUACGCCGCCAGUUCCGCCUGUCUCUCCUUUUCCUGACUCUGCCGCCCCGCUUGCCUUAG